AUGGCGGGUGCUCUUGUUUCUCUAACUUGUGGGAAAUAUUUUGAACCUCAUACUGGCGACAAAUCAAUAGAUGAAGAUCUUGUUAUAUCAAACUUGUUGAAUAUUACUAUUAAUAAUUCAAUAUAUACUAAAGAACCAAUUAGAGAUAGUAGCCUGACAGGAAAUGUUUUGUACUUGAUUGGACAUAGCAGUUCAAAUCGGAAUGUUAGUGAGAGAUUUCAGCGCUCAGGGCAAACAAUUAGCAAGUAUUUCAACAAAGUGUUGAAAGCAAUGCUUCAAUUAGCACGUGAGAUCAUUAAACCACCUCCUCUAGAUAUGGUUCCAAAGGAAAUUAAGGACAAUCCUAAACAUAUCCUAUACUUGAAGGAUUGUAUUGGCGCAAUAGAUGGCACUCACAUAAGUUCUAUGUUACCUGAGAAUAAGCAAAUACCAUUUAGAGGCAGGAAACAAAUUACAACCCAAAAUGUCAUGUGUGCAUGUUCCUUUGACAUGAAGUUCACUUUUGUGUAUGCUGGAUGGGAAGGAUCCGCAAAUGAUUGUCGUAUUUUUACUACUGCGCUUGAAACUCCUAGGUUGGAAUUCCCUCAUCCCCCACCAGGCAAAUUUUAUGCCGUUGAUUCUGGAUACCCAACUAGGGAUGGUUAUUUGACACCAUUCAAAGGAGAGCGCUACCAUUUGAACGACUAUAGAGGAAGACAAAAUCAACCUAGAUCAACUAAGGAGUUGUUCAACCAUAGGCACUCUUCUUUGAGAAAUGUAAUCGAACGGUCAUUUGGAGCUUUGAAGAAUAGGGAUCAUCAGAUAGCAGACAAAAAUCUAGCACAUUAUGCGAAUUCCAACAUUGCAGCAUCAACCCAUACAUAUGCAACUAUAGAUGAUGAGGGCCCCUCAAAUCAAGUGACCGAAAUAUAG